GGUUGUGCGCGCUGAGGAGGAGCCGCCGCCGCUGCCGCCGUCGCUGCCGCCGCCGCUACCGAGGCCGAGCGGAGCCGUUACCGUCCCGCCCGCCCCCGCCCCCAGCCUCCGGAGGAGUCCCGGGCCCGCCCGCCGGCGCACAGGAGAUUGAAGAUGAAAGACAAUGAAGGCAUUAUUGAGAGAACAAGAUCGAAGAAGAAAAAGGGGAUGGGAUCAAGGGCACAAGUAGAGAGGUUGAUCUUGACAGGAAGGACCACCUCUUCCCCAGAGUUUGAAGCAAAGCAGAUAUUUUAUAAAAUGUCUAAUGGUUAUGAAGAUCACAUGGCUGAAGAUUGCAGGGAUGAUAUCGGUAGAACGAAUCUAAUUGUCAACUACCUCCCUCAGAACAUGACACAGGAUGAAUUACGAAGUUUGUUUAGCAGUAUUGGUGAAGUUGAAUCUGCAAAACUUAUUCGUGAUAAAGUAGCAGGACAUAGCUUAGGCUAUGGCUUUGUGAAUUACGUGACUGCAAAGGAUGCCGAAAGAGCAAUAAACACACUGAAUGGCCUGAGACUCCAGUCAAAAACCAUUAAGGUAUCCUAUGCUCGGCCAAGCUCAGAAGUUAUCAAAGAUGCCAAUUUGUAUAUUAGUGGACUCCCAAGGACAAUGACACAAAAAGAUGUGGAGGACAUGUUUUCACGAUUUGGACGCAUCAUCAACUCCCGUGUACUUGUGGAUCAGACAACAGGUUUGUCCAGAGGGGUUGCAUUUAUCCGGUUUGACAAAAGAUCAGAAGCAGAAGAGGCAAUUACCAGUUUCAAUGGCCAUAAACCCCCAGGUUCUUCCGAACCCAUAACAGUGAAGUUUGCAGCCAACCCUAACCAGAAUAAAAAUGUGGCGCUGCUCUCUCAGCUGUAUCACUCACCAGCUAGACGAUUUGGAGGGCCAGUUCAUCAUCAGGCACAAAGAUUCAGAAAUGGCAUGUUGACUGAUCUCCCUAGCGGGCUGAGGAUUUUUCUUCAUGACUGUAAAUACCAGAAGUUCUCCCCUAUGGGUGUAGAUCACAUGACUGGGCUUUCUGGUGUAAAUGUCCCAGGAAACGCAUCUUCUGGCUGGUGCAUCUUCAUCUACAACCUUGGUCAAGAUGCUGAUGAGGGAAUCCUCUGGCAGAUGUUUGGCCCCUUUGGUGCGGUUACCAAUGUGAAAGUUAUUCGCGAUUUCAACACCAACAAGUGCAAAGGUUUUGGUUUUGUGACCAUGACAAACUAUGAAGAAGCCGCCAUGGCCAUAGCAAGUCUCAAUGGCUACCGCCUGGGGGACAAAAUCUUGCAGGUUUCCUUCAAAACCAACAAGGCCCACAAAUAACUCGCUCCCGCUGUUUGGUACGGAAUAGCUCACUCAGAGUGACACCAGUUGAAGCAUUUUUUUUGUUAGUGUAAAACUCAUUUUGCGCCAAUUUUCAUGUGUUUGUCUUAGUCUAAAUGAGAAAUGAAAAGGUUUUUUAUACUCUGGGAUGCAACUGACAUGUUCAAAUGUUUGAGAUCCCACAAUGUUAGACCAAUUUUACGUUUCUUAAGUUAUUUCCUUUAAAAUAUAUAUGAAACAGAAAUCUUAGUAGACUGCAUUAACUAACCAGCCCCUCUGGAUGGUGGUAAAAUUGAAGCAUGCUUUAACUUAUAAGACUGUCUAACAUUUGUUUCAUUUAGUGUUUCCACAAACUGGAAAAACAAUUCUUUUUCUUCUUAGUUGUUAAACUAAAGAUGUUAGACUGACGCUGAGUGUGCUUUUUCUCAAUAGCUUAAGCAUUUUAAAUGAUUGACGCCUUAGUUGACAGUAAAUUGCUUUUCUGAAGCAGUUUUCAUUGCCAUUUUUCUGUUGACUUAAUCUUCAGUUUUUUUUUUUUUUUAAAGUGGUCUUGUAAGUAGUAGCAUGCCUGCCUGACUUUUAACACCAUUGGGGAGGUAAGUUGCACGCUGAGCCGUGGCCAAGCUGUCGAAAUUAAAGUACAAAGAUUUUUCAGAAGCCCAAGUUUGAGUAGGAAUGGACCAAAGAGUUUCAAAGAAACUCCAAGAAGAUUCCAGAGUCAAAUUUAAUCUCCAAAACAGUGUGAACAUAUGUUGCUCCUUUGACAUCCUGAAUCUUUUGUCCAAAUAGCGUAUGCCUGGUGCACUACAUCCUGGUACAUUAUCUUUUGAGAGAACUUUGCAGAUUCAAAUAUCAUUCAACCUAGUUGAAAUUCACAAGGAUAGCUCUAUUUUGUAAUAACACAUAAACAUUUGAGCAUUGUAUUUCUCGCAUCCCUUCUUGUGAGCGCUAGAUUCUUUUUCUAUCUUAGUAGGGUUUUGUUUUGAAAAUUUGCUUUCAUAUGAACACUCAGCAGAAAAGUACUUAUUUCUUGCCAGUUAUCUAUUAACAAGAAGACUUUAAUUUGUAGUUUUAAAGAUUAACCCCCAAAGUUUUCUUCAUGCUGCCUUGACUAUUUUGGGUUUGUUCUGUUUCUGUUAAAUUUUCUUUUGCUUUUUUGUGUUUUUUGUUUGUUUUUACUUUUGCAUUUAAGACCAUUAAAUUUGAUUUUGUUUUGCUCAAA